AUGGACCGCACCAAUAACAACAACAAUAAGAAUAACAACAACAACAACAACAACAACAACAACAACAACAACAACAACAACAACAACAACAACAACAACAACAACAACAACAACAACAACAACAACAACAACAACAACAACAACAACAACAACAACAACAACAACAACAACAACAACAACAACAACAACACCACCACCACCACCACCACCACCAUCACCACCAAACAAGCAAACAAAACGAAACAAAACAAUUUGGCAUAA